AGCCUCGGCGGCCGGGUUUUGCUGCCGCCGUCGCCUCCGCGAAGCCUGCAGCUUCUACCCGCUCUGAGAGAGCGACGCUGAGUUUCUCCGGCAGAAAGAGCUGGACGCGGACCGAGACAGCGCGGGAGCGGUCCUGGGCCCGGCUUCUAAGCUGCGCUGUGUGGGCCCCAGGGGAGAAGGCAGGGGACCCGUGCUGUCCCGAGCUGGGCUUAGGCUUCGGAGCCGCAGGUAGAAGAGGACGACGCCCGGCAGAGAGGUGGCUAAGUGGAAGGCAGCUCAGGCCACUCUGGCAUGGAAGAUUCUGUGUUCUUCUGUGACAGUCACCCCGGUAGCAUCCCUGCCCCUUCCAGUCUUCCCCGCCUGUAAGGCCCACUGGGCUUCCUGCCUAGCCUGGGAGUUCUUUGCAGCAAAUUCCCAUCCUGUGGUGAGGCCUUCCCCACCCUGCUCCUGGCCAGCCAUGGGCAGCACCUUGGGCUGCCACCGCUCCAUCCCCAGGGACCCCUCGGACCUCUCUCACAGCCGCAAGUUCAGCGCAGCCUGCAACUUCAGCAACAUCCUGGUGAACCAGGAGCGGCUCAACAUCAACACCGCCUCGGAGGAGGAGCUGAUGACGCUGCCGGGGGUGACGCGGGCCGUGGCCCGCAGCAUCGUGGAGUACCGGGAGUACAUCGGUGGCUUCAAGAAGGUGGAGGACCUGGCCCUGGUCAGCGGCGUGGGUGCCACCAAGCUGGAGCAGGUCAAGUUUGAGAUCUGUGUGAGCAGCAAGGGAGGGUCCGCCCAGCACUCGCCCAGCUCGCUGCGACGGGACCUGCUGGCCGAGCAGCAGCCUCACCACCUGGCCACCACAGUUGUGCCUCUCACCCCGCGGGUCAACAUCAACACGGCCACCCCGGCCCAGCUCAUGAGUGUGCGCGGCCUCACGGAGAAGGUGGCCCUCAGCAUCGUGGACUACCGCCGCGAGCACGGGCCUUUCCUCAGCGUGGAGGACCUGGUGCGUUUGGACGGGAUCAACACCACCUUCCUGGACAGGAUCCGGCCACAGGUGUUUGCUGAGAGGUCCAGGCCCCCGUCCACCCACACCAAUGGAGGCCUGACCUUCACCGCCAAGCCACACCCCAGCCCCACCUCUCUGAGCCUGCAGAGCGAGGACCUGGACCUGCCCCCGGGGGGGCCCACACAGAUUAUCUCCACUCGGCCCUCGGUGGAAGCCUUCGGUGGCAUGCGGGACGGGCGGCCGGUGCUGAGGCUGGCCACCUGGAACUUGCAGAGCUGCUCGGUGGAGAAGGCCAACAACCCCGGGGUGCGAGAGGUGGUGUGCAUGACGCUGCUGGAGAACAGCAUCAAGCUUCUAGCUGUGCAGGAGCUCCUUGACAGAGAGGCCCUGGACAAGUUCUGUGUGGAGCUAAACCAGCCGAUGCUGCCCAACAUGCGCAAGUGGAAGGGACCGCGGGGGUGCUGGAGGGCUGUCGUCGCGGAGAAGCCCUCGAGUCUGCUCCAGAAGGGAGCCGGGUACUCAGGGUUCCUGUGGGACGCUGCUGGUGGCGUGGAGCUGAGAGACGCUGCCUGGCAGGAGAGCUCACCCAGCAACGGACACGGGAAGCCCACGGGGCCCAGCCCGUACCUCGCAAGGUUCAAGGUGGGGAGCAACGACCUGAUCCUCGUGAACCUUCACCUGGCAGCCCUGGCCCUCCCAGGGGGCGAGAACCCCAGCAAGAACCACAGCGACGGCCACCGCUUGGCCCAGACCCUGCAGGAGACGCUGAAAGGAGAAAAGGACGUGAUCGUUUUAGGGCACUUCGGCCAAGGGCCAGAGAGCAGCGACUACGACAUCCUGCGGAAGGAGAAGUUCCAGCCCCUGGUGCCCGCACACACCUUCACCAACAUCAGCACCAAGAACCCCCAAGGCGCCAAGUCUCUGGACAACAUCUGGAUCAGCAAGGGCCUGAAAAAGGCUUUCACAGGUCACUGGGCUGUGGUGAGGGAAGGCCUCACCAACCCGUGGAUCCCGGAUAACUGGUCGUGGGGCGGGGUGGCUUCCGAGCACUGCCCAGUGCUGGCCGAGUUCUACGCCGAGAAGGACUGGGGCAAGAAGGAGGGCCCCCGGAACGGCAGUGGGGUCACCUUGGAGCGGAGUGAAGCCAAGCACGAGCGGUGACGUCAGCCGGCGGAUGUCCCUCCUGACCCCAGGCGGUGCAGCGGGAGCUGGCCCUGCAGGGGUGGGUUCGGAGCUGGGGCCGCCUCUCCUUCUUGCUCUGGGACGGAGCUCUGGGCCUUGACCCUCAGCCCUGCUGGGGGGAGCAUGUGGCCAACUCAGGCGGGGCCCCCUGCUGUCCGGAGGGCCCAGGAGGGGCGGCUGCGGGAACUGAGGAGCAGGUGCCGUGCCGCGGGGCCAGCAAGGCCGCCGAGCGUGCUGCUGGCCACCUGUGACAGGCUGCUGCCACGGCUGUGACUGAGCGCUCUUCUCAGAGACUUGGAGUGUGAUUUAUCGUUUGUUUUGAAAACAUGAACAGAGCUUAAUUAACCUGCCUGGCUGCAGCGGCAACAGGGGCGGUCCCCUGCCAUGGGCGAGUUCGCUGCCCCAGGCUCUCGGUGUGGGGCUGUGCUCUGCGGGGCCCUGAAUGCCCCCGCCUGCUCCUUGCAGAGGCACCCCCUCUCCACCCGUGGAUAAGCCCUGCAUUCUCCCCGCUCCCAGCCGUCCUCCGCCCUGGCUCCUUUUCCAGGCUGCUCUGUGGACGGAGCGCCCCGCACGCGUGCAUCUGGGCUCUCGGUGGGAGCCAGGCAGGGUGGGUGCCGGGGUGGCGUCUCCCCUCCUUCCCUGCCUCUCAGCUUCUGAUCAGCUCACUGGCCGGGCCGCCUUCCGUUGGUGCGAAGAGUACAGGGGACUGCAGCAAUUGCACAAGAGCACGGGAGAACAGGAUUAAAGUGUGAGUUUGUUGGUGCAAACAUUGUGAAAUCCUCGCACAGGUUGCUCAUGUGCAUUUUCUCUGAACUUUUGAAGAUUCCUUAUCGGCUGGUUCAGGACACACAGGAAGCUGAGGGUACAGAGGGAGGGCCCCCGUGGGGGGUGGGAUUCCUCCGGGAGCUAGAGAAGGGGGGGGGCUGUGGGAAGAGGGGAGGCCCCUUCCCAGCCUGGCGGGACUGGGCUCUUCCCGGGCGCGUCCUCACACCAGGCCAGCGAGGUGAGGAUCAGAGUGCUGUUCACAGGGGAGGGAACGCGUGGAGAGCUUAACCCGGUCACUGAGCAGACACGUGGGGUUUCAGCCCCGGUUCUGCCACACGUCAGCCUCACCCUCAUAUGGAAGUCAGGGUACAGACAGCAUGACCGGGCCCCGUGCAGCUGGAGGGCUUGCUGCGUCCCCACACUGAGUGUCACUGUGGCCCUACUGAGGCCCUCCUGUCGGUAAGCAGUGUGAACCCAGGGGCUUUGGGGGCUGGGCUGGAGGGAGCUGAGAAAGGCUUUCCACCAAAGGCCGUUGUCCCUCUGAGGCCACCUGUCCCUGAGGAGCGUCACUGACCCUGGGCCCUGGAGCCAAGCCCUCCCCUGAGAGUCCUGGGGGUCGGGCAGCAGCUGCCCUGGGGUGGGGCGUCUCUCUCCAGUGGGGAAACAGCUCCUGUCCGGGGUCCAGGCUAUGUCUCAGGAGUGAGUCCCGAGGGGCAGGUAAAGGUACAGCCCCACCGCGUCCCCAAGCCGGAGGCCCUAGAUCUGGGGAGCCAGGUCACCAUUCCCACAGAGCCGGGGGAAGAGAAGGCUUCCCAAGUGACAGGGCAGGAGAGAAACCCACUCAGAUGCCCUUCGAGCUGGUGACAGGGUGGAGCCAGGCAGAGCUGGGUGGCAGCCGGCCCUCGUGGGCCCUUCUCUCAUCUGUCACCCACUGUCCCCAGCCAGGAAUGUCCCCGUUCCAGCUCGACCCGAUGGGGUGCUGCUGUCUUGGUCUUGGUUUUUGUUAUUAGUAAUCGGUAGACUUUAUUUUUAAAAGCGGUUUUAGGUUUAUGGGAAAACUGGACACAGAAGGCAGAGUCCCGUA